AUGUCUUUGCCCUUUGCUGCCAUUGUUUGUGGCAGAGAGGAGAUAACCAGUUACAAAGAACUUGAUGCAACAACGCGUCUAUUAAUGCUUAAAGCACUUUGUGAGAUCCGAGCUGAUCAAUAUGAUAUAGUGGCUUAUAUUAAUGAUGCAUUAAAAGAUGGAACUGAGGUUUAUACUUUCAGAAAGGACAAGAUAGGGGGGGAUGGAAAUGGAACUACAUACUGGUGCGAUGGAAAUGCAACUAUGGGUUAUAGAUUAUACAAGGAAGUGAAUAAAUUCGUUAUCAAGCAAAAAGUUAAGGGGAAAGAAACUGUACCUGCAAUUAAUUCCCAGUGGGAUACACUUGCAACCAAUCUUGAUGAGUUUCGUAAAGUUGUGGAUGAAUUCUCAUCCAGCAAAGUAACAUGGGAAGUUGCUGUUGCAAAGACUGUUGAAACAGAUGCCAUUUCUGUUCUUGAGAAACUUCAGAAGAAGAAAGAAAGAGUACUGAAACGAAAGCAAAAACAAGAAAAACUUUUGAAUGGUUUUCAAAAUACUGGGAUCACUCGUUCUGUCCGCAAUCGUAGGCCUGUCACUUACACUUUUGAUGAGUAUGACAAGGCCAUUACUGAGGCUAUACAAGUGAUAAAGGAAAGGAAGACUACUGAAGAGCAAAGGCAUGAAGAAAAACAUAGUAAGCAAGGAAGAAUAAAUGAAAUUGCCUUGAACAGGCGCACGGAUCCAGACACUAAAUCAAGCAACAGUGAAUCCACUGAGAGCAGCAGGCUUCAAGGGGGUGAUAGUGAUGAUGAUGGUAAUUGCAAUGUGUAUGAUGGUAAAAAAGCCAGUGAUGGUAAGGAUGAUGGCAGUGGCUCGAGCAAUUUCAACAAGAAAAAUGAUAGUUUUGGCAUUUGGAAUGAAGCAAAAGUUCAUUAUCAGAAGCAGAAUGAUUCCUUUGCCAAUGUGCGUGCAUCACGUUGGAAAGCUGGGAUUGCUGGACAUAAUGUUGCCAAAAGUGGACGUUUAGGUGCAAAGAAUAGGUCGAGGCAAAGACCUACUCGGAAUACUGCUAUUGAGACAGCUGUUGUCCCUGAUUCGGAAGACGAAAACUUGUCAAAAAGUACCAGCAACAGGAUAAAAAAUAUUGAAAACACAUCUGCUGUUGCUGAUGAUGACAUGGACUGCUGA